GCUCGGAGCGCGGGGCCGUGGCUCGGGAGCGCGGAGGAGGCGGCUCCGGACGGUGGCUGCGCCCUGAGAGCGCAGGACAAAGUGCCCUACGAGAUCUACCGCGCCGACCACUCGUGCCUGGUGUCGGUGCUGCCCGUGGCCGCCUCGGUGCGGGAGGUGCUGCGGGCGCUGGCCCCGCGCCUCGGGGGGCCCGGAGAGCACGUCCUGGUCAAGGUGAAUUCCUCUGGAGACAAGGCGCGGCUGCCCCCGGACGCCACGGGCGUGUUCACGGCGCUGGGGCUCAACGAGAGGCUCUUUGCUGUUACCCUGGAGGAGCUGGGCGGACUG